UGCUGCAGCGGCAGAUCCCGCAGAAGAACCCGCAGCAGCAGCAGCAACAUGACGACGCUCCGGCCGUUCACCUGCGACGACCUGUUUAAAUUCAACAACAUAAACCUGGAUCCUCUGACUGAAACUUAUGGGAUCCCGUUCUACCUGCAGUAUUUGGCUCACUGGCCCGAGUAUUUCAUCGUAGCCGAAGCUCCUGGAGGAGAAUUGAUGGGAUACAUCAUGGGGAAGGCGGAGGGCUCCGUGGCCCGGGAGGAAUGGCACGGCCACGUCACGGCCCUGUCGGUGGCCCCCGAGUUCCGGCGGCUCGGCCUCGCCGCUAAGCUAAUGGAGAUGCUGGAGGAGAUUUCUGAGAGGAAGGGCGGGUUCUUCGUGGACUUGUUCGUCCGCGUCUCCAACCAGGUGGCCGUCAACAUGUACCAGCGGCUCGGCUACAGCGUUUACCGCACCGUCAUCGAGUACUACAGCGCUAGCAACGGGGAGCCGGACGAGGACGCCUACGACAUGAGGAAAGCUCUGUCCAGAGACUCGGAGAAGAAAUCCAUCGUCCCGCUGCCCCACCCCGUCAGACCGGAGGACAUCGAGUAGAGGACCCCCCUGGACCCCCAUCAGCCCCCUGGAGCCCCCAGACCUGUACAUGGACCUGGACCCCCCAGACCUGUACAUGGACCUGGACCCCCCCUGGUCCCCCCAUCCAGUCAGACCGGAGGACAUCGAGUAAACGGGGGGGGGGUUACUGACCCCCCAGGACCUCCACCUGACCAGGACCCGGACCCAGGCCCCCUGGACUCCCAUCAGUCCCCCUGACCUGGACCUGACCUGGACCUGACCCCCCUGGACUCCACCCUGUACAGCCCCCCCCCCACUGGACUCAAUAAAAACACUUGAUUCUA